GUCUCGAGGCUUCCAACCCACUUUAAUAAUGAUGAUCAUACAAUCGCAACGGGCUGUUCGGCCCCUACAACGAACAGCCAAUAGUUGGGCAGCAACACAUAUGAGCCGAACACAAGAGUUUUCUUCUACCAAUCGGCCGAUCACGCGGGAAAUACAGGGGCUGUUAAACAAAUUGACCUGGUCAAACUUCGAUUCGAUCUGGGCAGUUCUCGUCACCAAGCUCGACUGUUCUGAGAAGGCUGAUGAUGGAAGAAUCCUGCGGGAAGUAGUUCGGAUGAUUUUAGAGCAAGUGACCCUUCGAGGCGAUUGGGCGGAGAUGUAUGCCAAGCUUUGCAAAAAACUAAUCGACCAGAUGUCGCCCGAACUCAAAUCCGACACCCGGCCACCUGAUUCCGACCGCAAUCAAUGGCAUACCGGUCGAUGGUUUCGUCACUAUCUCGCCAGAGCAUGGACGCAGGAACGAUAUUAUCCCCGUCAUAUCUCUUCUGAAAUCGGCACCGAUAAAAAGGACGGUCAUCCCACCAAGAAAGCGGACAUUCCAGGCAAUGACUUACAUCUAAUUGCUGCAAGGAUCAGACGUCGCAAGCUCAGUCUAUUCCGUUUCAUAGCGGAAUUAUUCAAGGUCAACUUCAUAACCGAGACACAAAUGCAUCUUUGUAUCAAGGAUCUAUUACGAAAUAGUCAAAUCUACCAAGAAAAUAUCGAAUACCUCAGAGAUCUGAUGAUCAACUUUGGCGAGUUACUCGAUCAACCGAAAGCCCAAAGUUUUAUGGAUCUGUACUUCGAAACAAUAAACAAGAUGUCUCAGAGUCCGAACAUAGGCUCCCGUGCUCGAUUCAUGAUUCAGGAUAUAAUCGAUGCUCGCAAGAACAAGUGGGCGAAGCGCAAAGGAGCCACCGAUAACUCGCUUGGCGUUCAUCCAACACGGUCCACCCCGACUGAGUCGAAGCGACAAAAUCUAGACAACCCCUCUGCAAGCACACAAAUAACCUGUCAACAAGAAGAAGAAGACGACAAGAGCAAGAUUGAAGCAAUGGCGCAGAAGGAGAUCUUUGCGGUAUGGACGCCGACUCACAUCUGGACGGACGAGCAACAAAAAGCGCUCCUCGAAGCUAUCCUCGACCAACAGCAGCUCGAGUUCCAGUCCGUUAAUGGCAACCUCUCCAGUCAAGGUUGGACUGUCGUAACCGGGAAAAUGAAGACGAAAUUCGACAGAGAGUUUCAUUUUAAAUGGCUCAAAAACCAGCUCGAUCGGAUCCAUAAAACCUUUCUUGACAUCAAGUUUUUGAAGAAUCGGUUUGGGUUCCAAUGGGAUGAGAAAAACUGGAUCCUUUCUGCUGAUCCAAAUACCUGGGACCACCUGAUCAAGGAGAACCCUAAGAAGAAGUAUCCACAGCUGCGAAACCGACGCGAUCCGAUUAGCUGGUACGGUGUAGCCCAACAAGUCUUCAAUGGAGCACCAACAACAAGCGCCCAAAAAAGCCACUUCUCGUUCCUCAAUAACAACAAGCACAAGCGAGAGAGCAGCAGUCAAGCCGCCCUUGGAGCCCCGUUAAUCCCUAGUCCUUCGGCGUCGGAUUCGACCAAGGCGCCGCUUGUUCACAAGAGAAACAACGAGACCAUCUCGGCUGAUGAUGAGCAUCACAUUCCUUCAAAAAAGAAACAACCCCGGCUUGCUCAUCGGGACCCUGCUAACAUAAACAGUUCCAGUAUGUCAAAACUUGUCUUGGACAGCGCUCCCAAGAGUCCACCUUUACAACCGACACCAGCCAUCAACCAUGGAAAAUCGCGACUCUCGAAUCCUCCGGUGGAAGCAGAUACUAGAUUGACUCGAAUCACCUCUUGUGCGACCGGGCGGGAGAACGGAAUGGUUUGCGUGGAUGGGCGGGUCGAUGAAGACCAACACAUGGCCGGAUCUUCCAGAUCUUCGGCCUCUAGUCAAACAAGACCGCAGCCCGAAAAUGCCAGCCAGGCCACUGCUGAAGACCCACAAAUCCAUGCGGAAGCUCAUGUGAUUAGGCAAGCUGCUGCUACUGUUGCUACUAACCAGACCGACACGCCUCCUUCGAAAAUCGAACAAGAUCACAUCAAGCCGCCCUCAAAUCCGUCCAUCGAGGCUAUCACCCUGUUGGCCCCCAUGUUCAUCGACGCCCUCGACCCCCUCCAAUUCGUCCGCUUCGUCCAUGUGCUCGAAAAUCCCGCUGAUGCCGCCGUCUUCUUGGCCCUCGCUUCGACCACUAAUCCGAUCAUUUGUAAAACUUGGUUGCUGCAAAAAUCUCUGUAAUUUCUCUCUCUCUCUCUCUCUUUUCUUAAAACACACACUCUUUCUCUCUUUCUUCCUGUUUCUUAUUUUCCCCUUUUUUUGCUUGCUCUGUAUAUUUGUAUGUCUCACUACAACUGUUCUUCUUUCUCUCGCGCUCAUGUAUUGUACGAUUGUAAGAAACCUCAAGUAUAUGUAGCUGCAUGAAAGCUGCCACACUCGAUGGUAGCCUGAUUGAUUGUUUUUUUGUGAAUGUCAUGAAACAAGUCUGGUGGUUCUUUGAGGAGGGGGAGCUUCACAAGAUCCUCCACGGAUCCAGCUCCAGAUUCGUUG